AUGGAUCAAUUUUAUACGACCCAUCGAAACCAACAAGAAUCUUUUCCUUGGUAUCAUCAACCAUAUAGAGUAGAACCAAUGAAACCUUCGUAUGCAUUUACUAAUUCACAAUAUUCAUCAUCUCGCCAGACUAGUUUUCAUAAAUCUAUCAUAAAUAAAGAUCCAAAAACAAUUUCUAAUUCCGAAUUGGCAAAUUUACUUGAUCACCAUCCAAAGGAACUUAAAAAAAUGCGGCGAAAAAACCCGCAGCAACAAUUACCCAUUCUUAUGGAUUUCUUGUUGACAGUUUGUCGUGUACCAAAAUCAACAUUAUUAUCUGUUGCACAACAUAAUUUUUUUUCUUCACUUCAAGCUCCAUUCAGUGAUUUGCUUCAACGAUGGUGUCGUUCUUCUUCUUUAACGGAUGACGAAAUUUCUAUGUUUCGUUCUAUAGUUAAAUUAAUAAAAAGAUUCAACAAAGCUACAGAUGCUGUAGAAUUACUUCCAUCAUGGUUGUUAGAUUCGACCUUUCUCAAUACAAUCGCCAAUUGUCUUACAAAUAUAGGCACUUCAAAAAAUUUUCUCAAUGAUAAAAAUAAUCGUUUAUUAAAAUAUUUCACACGUUUAAUUGAAAUAUAUACUUAUUAUCAAGAAUGUUUAAACGAUGAAAAUGAUUCUGAUAAAGACACACUUGUACUCUUACUGGAUCCUAUUCUACAAUGUCUUACUUCAUCUCAAUAUAUUAAUACUUUUACAAAUCUAUCACAAGAUAAAAAAUCAAUGACAAAUAUUGAAAAAUUUUUCCUUCUCAAAUGCCCAUCAUUUCUCAUUUCAUACAAUGGAUCUCGUCUCGAACAAAUUAUGGAAAAAUUACUUUCAACUAUGCUACCUCAAUAUGCAGGAUUAUUAGAUAAGGUUGUUCCUUCAGCACACAACUGGAAACGAUCAAUGAUUCGAUCUGUACAAUAUUUAUUAAAAACUAUCAAUCAUGGAGCAAAUCAAUUUCAAAUAAAUGCAAAACUUGUUAAGAAACAUUUACCAUUAAUUGAUCAUGUGUUAACAUUACUCGAUGAACCAAUAUUUUAUAAUAAUCUACAAGAAACAUUAUCGAAUCCGGAAACAGUUUUUGUGGAUACAGCUAGUAGUUUUCUUGUAGACAUGACAAGUGAACCAACUAUACUUGCUGAAAUAAACCGCUCGCAUAUGACACCUGCAUUUCUUCGUUUAACAUCAUGUGAAUAUGAACCAUUAGUACGCAAUGUUCACACUCUUAUUGCUUAUACGACACGUGAAGAAGAUAUCAAAGAAAUGCGUAAUCCUGGUCAACUACUUGAAACUAUUAUGAAAUCACUCAAAACUACAUUAGAUCAACCAAUGGAGGAUAGAAGUGAUCAAGAGAAAUUAUUUGAAACAUUAAAAGGUCUUGUUCAACAUGAUCAGAUGAAAGAUGAAAUUAUAAAACAAAAUGCAAUUCCAUUUCUACUCGAAUGUACUAACAAGUUAGAUGAUAAAGCACAAAUAUUAGCAUUUGAAAUUUUAUGGUCUUUGACAUUUCGUGAAGAAGGUGCACUUGCUCUACGUUCCAAUAGAAAUUUUCUUAAUAAGAUUCAAACCAUUUCUAAAGAUAGUAACAGUGAACCAUUGAAAAAAGCAGUUGAUGGGCUUGUUUGGAAACUUGUGCGAGAACCAGAAAGUUUGGAGAGACUGGCAAAACGACAAGCAGAAGAACAAAAUGCUGCUAACAAUAUGGUGGAAACAAUAACUGAAGUAAUCAUAGAUAGUACUGGUCAAAAACAACUUGUAACAAGAAGAGUAUCAUCUGUAGCUCCUGAUGAACGAAUAUUUCAAUAUGAUAUGAUGAUUUCAUAUUGUCAUGCUGAUAAAGACUUAAUUUAUAAAAUAAAUCAAUAUCUUGUUGAUCAAGGUUUUAAAAUAUGGAUUGAUUUGAAUAAUAUGUAUGGACCAGCUAUGAAUGCUAUGGCUGAUGCGGUUGAAAAUUCGGAAUUCGUCAUUAUGUGUAUGUCGGAUUCAUAUAAACGAAGUACAUAUUGUCAAGCUGAAGCUGAAUAUGCAUUUAAUUGUAAACGACGACUUCUUCCAUUAAUUGUACGUGAAGGAUAUAGACCAGAUGGUUGGUUAGGAUUUAUGAUUGGAUCAAGAAUAUAUGUAGAUUUUGGUCGAUUUGAUUUUAAUACAGCUUGUGAAAAGUUAAUGACAGAAAUUAAGCAUCAACGAAAACAACCUCUUCCAUCGAAACCAGUCACCAUAAGUCAGCAAGAAAAACCAACUGAAAUAAUUUCUAAUAAACUCGAAAUAGUUACAACAACUCAUGAUCAUAAUGCACUUUCUAUGUAUACGGAUAGAAAAUCAACGUCAAAUUUUAUUAGAAAAUAUGUAAAUGAAUGGGAAGAAUCUGAUGUAUUAGAUUUUCUUUUUACUGAACAUUUAAAUGAAUUGAUGCCAAUAUGUAAAACAAUGGAUGGUCAAGCACUAAUACAAUUAUAUGGAAUGUGUAAAUCUCAAAGUGGUCAAACAUUUAUUCUUCUUAAUGAUGAAUUGAAAUCGACAUAUAACACGAAAUUAUCUAUUACAGUUUAUACUCGAUUUCUAAGUGCUAUGGAACAAAAAUUAGCUGCAUCUCCGUUAACACCAUAUCUAAUACUAUCAGAAUUGCCUGGAAACACAGGUACUACUACUUCACAGGAAUAUAUUUCAUAUGCUCCUAGAACAUCAAUGAUAAAUCAAGCUUCAUUACAGUAUCAAUCAUAUGCUGAUCAACCAUAUGAUCUUACAUUUACUUCUAAUACUUCAAGUCAGCAACUAUUAAGAGCACUGGAAUAUCAUGAUCCGAACUUGAAGAAACUGAUAUCUUUUUGA